AUGGCCGAUUUCAUCCAGUCUCUUGAUCCCGCCAAACUCGUACUUGCCGGAACGUUUCUGGCAUUUGCCAUUAGUCCAUUCACUGUACCCGUGUACAAUUUGCCGCUGUUCUUGUUCGGUGUCUACACGCAAGAGAAUGCGGAUGCCGCUCAGAGUAUACAAGCUUUUUCCGCUCUUCUAGGUGUCUCGGCCCUAUACGAUCUGGGCUUCAUCUUCAAGAUUGAGCAAGGCUUCGUCUUAAAGCUCGCGCAGAUUCUGCUUUUGCUUCUCAAAUUACCCACUUUCGUGACGUUUGCCGCUGCAGUGCGACAGCGCGGUAUGAGUCAUCUUCCAGGUGGACUUGGUAACUUUGGCGGUUUGAGCUCGAAUGAUGCUUCCGGGCCUACAGUUUGGCAAAUGCCGGGCGGAUUUGCGCCCAACAGCACACGCGACGGAUAUCAGACAGUUGAUGACCCUCCCGCUCAACCAACACCCACUCGUCCUUCUGCCCCCUCUGCUUCUGCGGCUCCAUCCCAGCCAGCCCCUCAAGGAGGGUAUCAGACGGUUUAA